AUGGCCAAGCUUGCCCUUCUCGCCGUGCUCGCGUCCUUGCUCGGCGCCGUGUCCUGCGAAUUCUCAAUCUACGCCGGCUACGGCUUUUCACCCCCGAAUCCUAGCGUGCCCUAUCAGCUCCCACAGGCUUGUCCUCCGGUGAGCCCUACCCCUGGCCUCAAGGUCGGCUACUAUGCCGACAAGGAUAAGUGCCCUCGGGCGGAGGAGAUCGUGAGGGAGGUCGUGGAGAAAGCCACCGCCGGCGAAAAGGCCGGGCUCAUACGCCUCUUCUUCCACGACUGCUUCGUCGAGGGCUGCGAUGGCUCCGUCCUGCUCAGCGGCACGGACACGGAGAGGACGGCUUUCCCGAACCUGAGCCUGCGUGGCUUCGAACUCAUUGACGAGGCAAAGGCUAAACUCGAGAAGCAAUGCCCAGGCAUCGUCUCUUGCGCCGACAUCGUCGCCUUCGCCGGCCGCGACGCCAGCUACAGCCUGAGCUACGGCAGGAUCAACUACCGUGUGCCGGCCGGCCGGUACGACGGGAAAGUAUCGCGCGCCAACGACACCUUCCAGAACCUGCCGCCGCCCUUCGGGGACCUCGCCCUGACCACGGCCAUGUUCGUCGCUAAGGGGCUCAACCAGAACGAAAUGGUCGUGCUUUCCGGCGCGCACUCCAUCGGGCGCUCAGCCUGCUCCUCCUUCCCCGACCGUCUUCCGCAGGCCGCCAACUCCAGUUCCAGUACGGCCAUGGAACCUAAGCUCGCCGGGGAACUCACCAGGACCUGCAGCGCCGGAAGCAGCGUAAACGUGCCGCAGGAUGCUGUGACCCCCGACAGGUUGGACAACCAGUACUACAAGAACGUCAUGAGCCACGAUGUGCUCUUCAACUCCGACGCGUCGCUCACCACGUCCUCGCACACCGUGGACCUGGUCGAGUUCUAUGCCGGUAACCUUCCCUUUUUGAGUGGCAAGUUCUUAGGCCCAGUCCUAUGGUACCAUGACUUCGAAGAUGCCAUGGUGAAGAUGGGCUACAUCGGGGUGAAGACCAGCGCCGAGGGCGAGAUCAGGAAGACGUGUGCGUUCAUCAACAAGUCCUAG